AUGUCGUGUUACAAUACACCGUGUGAGAUACCGACUACGGGAGGAUUUCCUAAUACUUUUGCCUCUGCUGUUCAGUUUUUUGCGGCUAGUCAGUGUUUACUUACAGAAGGAAUUGUAAAAGAAGAUUAUAUUCCAAGUAAUACGAAAUUUGAUUUCAUAAUAGUAGGAGGUGGAUCAGCAGGAAGCGUACUAGCAAAUAGAUUGAGCGAGAUAAACGAAUGGAAAGUUCUACUUUUAGAAGCUGGAGACGACCCUCCUGUGGAAUCCAAUGUUAGUACCACAAUAUUAACUCUUUUUAUUAUUCACGCAUGGGCAAAAUUAUUUUUGUGA